AUGCUCGUCUCCGCACUGUUGAUCUCUUCAAUUGUCGCCACGCCGAUCGGGAGCGCUACCGACUCGCAACUCGUUGGCAUCGACCGUCAACGCAGGGAUGGUGACACAAAGUGCCCCAACGAUCGCCCGUUUGUAUGCUACGUCUAUGAGGCACUUGGCCAAGACUACCCGGCAUGGCUCAAGAAAGUUGGGGAUGGCAGUGAUGAGGACGACAUGAAGUGCGCCGCGUGCUCGGUGGAGAAGCUCAAAGAAUGCCUGACCACGGCCAGCUUCACCGCUAACAACGCUGCGGAGGCGCUGUACUUCCCCUUCAACCUAUGCACACGGGAGAUGUUGGCCUCGGGGCUAUGCGAGGGGAAGAGUUUGCACAUCGAAGCAUAUAUGCCAAAAUCAAUCCCGCACACGACGCAAUACUUCCUCCAAUGCGAUGCUGGAUUUGUCAUCCCGCACGAUCCGAAGGGCACCCCACCAUACUACGCGCUUCGUCGGGCACUGUCGGGACCGUACGCCUCGUUGAAGAGCGAGGAAGAGACGAUCGACCUCUGGCAAAGUCUAAAAGUUCCUGAAACCCCUGCCGAGCAGACAUCCGUCGACAAGGAGAAGGCAGAAGCACAACACGAAGAUCGUGUCAAACGACAGAGUUCCGCACUUCCAGCCGUCUCCUAUCCACGCUGCAUCAAGAUCGACGGACUCCCGGCGGAUCAGAAGGCCAUCGUGCAAGCCGACGAACUGCUCGAUUGCGACAAGAACCCGUUCUACAAGGAACUGGGCCACGAAUCGCUGACCGUCACCAAGUUGCCCCUUUGCACCGAGGUCGAUCCGAAUCAGAAAUUCUGCCGAACCUCCGCGGACAGCCAGUCAACAAAACCCACCGCAACAACCCCGGUUGCAGAAGGGUUUCUCGACCGGCUUACUGUUCCGGAACCCUGGGCAUUGGUCAGCUUCGUCCUCGCCUGCAGCGUCAACGCGUUGACGAUCAUCGCAACAGCCGUCGCCUGGUAUAUUCGAUUCGGACGGCCGGAAAAGGACGACGAUGAUGAUGAUGAUGAUGAGGAGAUGGAUUCGCAUUCUCGCAAGCACGACUCGUCAAAGAAGAAGACGGGCGACGGCGACGACGCG